CCCGUUCCACAAACCAGCAACAUGUCGAAACUCAUCCGUUGGGGAAUUGCCUCUGCCGGCAAGAUUAGCGAGGACUUCGUCAUUGCCUUGAGCACCCUGCCCUCCACCGACCACAAGGUCCAGGCUAUUGCCGCCCGAUCCCUGGAUCGCGCCCAGGAGUUCGCCACCAAGCACGGCAUCCCCAAGGCCCUAGGAAGUUACGAUGAGCUGGCCAAGAGCGGCGAUGUCGAUGUGGUCUAUAUUGGCACCCUUAACCCUCAGCACUACGAGGUGGCUGUGCUGAUGCUGAACGCUGGCAAGCAUGUGCUCUGCGAGAAGCCCCUGGCCAUGAACAAGAAGCAGGUGGAGGGCAUCCUGGCCGCUGCCAAGGCCAACAAGCGCUUCUUCAUGGAGGCCGUGUGGUCGCGAUUCUUCCCCUCGUACCAGCGCGUCAAGGAGCUCAUCUCCAACGGACAACUGGGCCAGGUUAAGGAUGUGGAGGUCAACUUCGGCUUCCCAUUGGCCCAUGUGGAUCGCUUGCAGAAACGCGAUCUGGGCGGCGGUGUGGUCUACGAUCUGGGCAUCUAUACCAUUCAGGUCUCGCAGUGGGCCUUCCAGGAGAAGCCCGAGAAGAUCGAGUCCACGGGAACCCUCAAUGCCGAGGGCAUCGACGAUGAUGUGAGCGCCACUUUGACCUACAGCGGUGGUCGCACUGCUCGCAUGCGCUUCUCGUCCAAGGAGAAGCUGGCCAACACCGCCGUGAUCAAGGGCACCAAAGGACAAGUUACGCUGAUUGACUUCUGGACGCCCAACAAGCUGAUCGACAUCGAUGGCCAGGAGAAGGAGUGGCUGCCCCCCAAGGGCAAGUACGAGACCAACUACGCCAAUUCCGAGGCCAUGCGGUACGAGGCGGAGGCAGUGCGUCAGUCCAUCAUCGCCGGCGAUGUGGAGAACAAGAACGUCACCUACGCCGAUAGUUUGCUCUUCGCCGAAAUCGAGGACACCAUCCGCAAGCAGAUCGGUGUGCUCAACAAGUACGAUGAGCAGUAAAAUUAGAUUAUAUAGCUAAAUGUGUAACAGUAAAAUAAAGUAAUAAACAGACAUUUUAUAAAAAAUA